GAUAGGAUUCUAGAUAAGGCGGAAAUAAGGCGCCGUUUUAAUGUUUUUUUUUAUAACAGCGGAACACUAGGCGACGGCAGCCGAGCAAGUUCCUGCGUCAAAUGCAAAUCGCGUUAAGAUGGAUGUCAAAGUUAAUGUGGAAUCGUACGGAUCGUCUUUACAGUGCUGCGUUUGUGUGUACAACCAGGCCCGUGUUUUGCAAGCCAUGCGAUUACUGGGAAAGGAGGCAAAUGAGGAGGUCGGCAAUCACGAGCCUAAUCAUGAGAAAACUGCCGAGUUGUUGUGCAACGGUUGCAAAAUGCAACGAUAUUGCAGUGUUGCCCAUCUUACUGAGGAUCUGGAGCACCGCGACUUCUGCAGGAUUUUCCAGGAUAUUCAACAGGUGGAGAGCAUCGAUCAUCCUCUUUUUCUGCAAGGUAUUGUUCUGUCCCGAACCAUGCUGAACCAGGCUAUUUCUCAAUUGAAGCUCAUCCUGAGCGUGAAGCUCCGGCGACCUCUUUCCUUGCGCGAGAAAGAAAUCCUUGCAAAUCCUGGUUUCUGCGUGAUUUGCUAUCGAACCACGCCUCUUAAUGUUUGCGCAGGCUGUGCUGGCGUGGCAUACUGCUCUGAGAACCAUCGGCAUCUCGACAAGGAUAAUCACACGCCGAAUGUGUGUCGGACCCUAGCACUCCUCUACAGUCCCUACCGACUGCUGGACUAUGAAUUUCAAAUCAAAGAAUUCCACAGAAGCAGCAUCAUUCCAGAGAGCCAUCUAGUUGAGGCAUUCUACAAUGCUACGUUGCUGGAGGUGAGCGACAGACCAUGGAAAUCUCUUCAGCAGUACGAUCUGUUUGCUGCUUGUUCCUCCUUUAGUACAAUUGCCACCGUUUGUCUAGCUUUGACCCAGAUUAGCAUUGUGGCAGAACCAGAUAAGGCUGUCAUUGUGUACAUUGUGGGAGCAACGAGUGAGUGUCUACGCUACUUUGAAGAAAUGCAUCUAAAGUUCUUCUUUCUCCAGUACGAAAGUGUACAAAAUUUGGAAUUGUACUUUAUUGGAAACAUGCUGAAGCCCCAGGAGCCUGUGGACUCGAUUAUUUGCGUGGCAGAUCUAAAGAGAACAGUUGCAAAACGAAUUAUUCCUUUUACGUUUACACGUUUUUCAAAGACAAACAAAAUAGAUCCGACUCUGAUUAUCAUGCUUCAACCCGAUUUAACCGGCAUCGGAAACAUGACCAAUCUUCUUGUUAAGCAAUUUUAUCCCCGUUCGGUAGAGAGAGAGGAACCAGACGAUCGCCAUUGGCCGGAAUGUCUCACCAAUAUUCUUCAUACCUAUGGUGCGCCAAUCUGUUUUACAUCUAUAUCAAAGGUUCAAGCCCUUUCCAAUUAUUCAGUAUUCAAUGAGUUGGCCAGAGAGAACGAUAUUGUCAUCAAACGAGCGUACAAUAUCGCCGAGAACCCCUAUCGCGGAAUAUUGCCAUUGCGUAAUCAUUGUGCCGAAGACUCUGAAAUGAUUGUAUACACCAACAACUACCUGGAGGUAAUAUUUACGAACCCCAAAUACUGAGAUAUUAUUAUUCAUAAGAUUGAACUCUUUGAAAGAGUUCUUAUACACAAAUAUCAAUACAUAUUCUAAAUAAUACCCCCUUAAGGGGUAUAAAAAGUUGACUUUGUUUUUUUAAGAAAUAUUUUUGAUCAGAGACUUCAAAGACUUAUCUGUUAUAUUCCCACCACAUAAAUAUCUAUUCUUAAGUAUCCCGUAUCUGUUACAUUCCAAAAUAUGUGAAAAAAGAGUUCCUAAACUGUUAUAUUUCAAUGUAAUAAACUUUUUUCAACUUUAGAA